AUGUCAAUUAAAGAAUUUGAUUCAAUUUCAAAGCAUUCAGCAGACUCUCUCAACAAUGACAACAAGAGUUCCGAAGACAUAACGUCAAAAGAGUCUCAUGAAGCCGAGCACGGAAACGUUCUUUCAAGAUACACUGAACAACAAGUAAUGGAGAUGGGAAGAAAUUACGCAAAUGAGCACGAUUUGGAACCUGAGUUGUUUGCUCACGCAGCUGCGUUAGCAAGGUCUCCUACUGGGUUUGCUGAUAUGUCUUUUCUCUCAGAUGAAGAAAAAGCUGCCCUUCAACUAGAAGCAACAAAGAAAUGGCACAUUCCCAAAAAAUUGGUCGCUGUUAUUGCACUUGGAUCAAUGGCUGCUGCUGUUCAGGGUAUGGAUCAAACUGUCAUCAAUGGUGCAACCCUAUUCUACCCUCGUGCGUUUGGUAUUACCGAAAUGAAAGAUGCUGACUUGAUUGAAGGUUUGGUUAAUGGAGCACCAUACUUAUGCGCAUCCUGUAUUGCUUGUUGGAUGUCCGAUUUUUGGAACAGACAUUUGGGAAGAAAAUGGGUUAUCUUCUGGACGUGUUUUAUCUCCGCCAUCACUUGUGUGUGGCAAGGGUUUGUCAACAAUUGGUGGCAUUUGUUCAUUUCACGUUUCUUUUUGGGUUUUGGUGUGGGUAUCAAAUCUGCCACUGUUCCUCCAUACGCUGCGGAAUGUGCUCCAAAACAUAUCCGCGGUGCUUUGGUCAUGUUGUGGCAAUUCUUUACGGCUGUUGGUAUUAUGUUUGGUUACGUUGCUGCUUUGGCAUUCUACUAUGUGCCGGACAGAGGCUUUGAUACUGGGUUGAAUUGGCGAUUAAUGUUGGGAAGUGCUUGCAUUCCAGCAUUCAUUGUUUUGUUUCAAGUUCCCUACGUGCCUGAAUCCCCACGUUGGCUAAUGGGAAAAGGAAGACAUAAGGAAGCAUUCGGGUCGUUGAAAGUGUUGCGUUAUGACGAAAUUUCAGCAGCAAGGGAUUGCUUUUACCAAUACGUUUUGUUGAAGGAAGAAGGUACAUAUAGAAUCCCCACCUGGAAAAGAAUUAUCGAAAUGUUCACCAUCAGAAGAAACAGAAAUGGCGCCAUUGCUUCUUGGAUUGUCAUGUUUAUGCAACAAUUCUGCGGAAUCAAUGUCAUUGCAUAUUAUUCCUCUUCCAUUUUCAUUGAAGCUGAUUUGAGUGAAAUCAAAGCAAUGUUGGCAUCUUGGGGGUUCGGUAUGAUCAACUUCAUUUUUGCAAUUCCUGCGUUCUUGACUAUUGAUCGAUUUGGAAGAAGAAACUUGUUGCUUUUUGCUUUCCCUGUAAUGUCAGCAUUUUUGUUGAUUGCAGGUUUUGGCUUCUUGAUUGAUGACACCAAUGGCAGGUUGGGUAUGGUUACCACUGGCAUUUAUUUAUUCUCAUGUGUUUAUUCUUCAUCAGAAGGCCCAGUCCCAUUCACAUAUUCAGCCGAGGCUUUCCCAUUAUAUAUCAGAGACUUGGGUAUGGCCUGGGCCACUUCAACAUGUUGGUUCUUUAAUUUCUUAUUAGCAUUCACUUGGCCACGCUUGCAAAAUGAGUUCACCCCAACAGGUGCGUUUGGGUUCUACGCUGCUUGGAACUUAAUCGGAUUCUUCUUGGUGCUUUGGUUCCUACCCGAAACAAAAGGUUUGACAUUAGAAGAGUUGGAUCAUGUGUUUUCAGUGUCUGCAACUAAACAUGCUGCGUAUCAAACAAGGAAAUUGUGGAGAAAUGUUAAAGUCUACGUAUUACGCAAAGACAUCGAGCCUUUACCUCCUUUGUACAAAUCGUCGCUCAUCAGUCCAACAUUUGAGGAAAAGGCGGAAAUAGUCCAUGCUGAGUGA